AAAAACAAACGAAAACUAUUCGGAGCGAGAAAAGUCGUCGACGGUGGGUGGGGGGCGCAGGGGAGGAGGAUAUCGAAGAGAGUCCGUGCGAUUUUUUUUAUCGUCGCGUGUUUCGUUAGAUGCGCUUUGGCGAAGUAGUAGCGGUCGACCGUUAUGGAUAAUAAUCCGACAGGAAGCGGCGGAGGUCCUCGGGAUUCCCAGAGAUUCGCGAACCUCGGUUACGGCAUGGGGAUGAUGACCGGCGACGCGACCGGCAACGAACAACUAUACGGUACGCACACCGCUCACGCACCGCAUCCGUCCCAGCCGCCGCAGAGCGGUCGGGGUUUGUCGUCGGCCUCUCUAGCUUCUCUCAACUCCCACGGCGGCGGCGGCGGCGGAGGAGGUGGGGGCGGAGGAGGGGGCGGGGGAGGAGGAGGAGGGAACGGAGGUGGACGAGGAGGUGGCAUGCUGUCGGGAGGAGCGUCCGCGUGCAACAUGCCACGUUCGGCGCACAAGAGAAGCUCCUCGGACAUGUGCUACGACCACCAGGAUUCCAUCGUGGUAACGAAUCGAGGCAUGACCACCUCUCAGGGGGGUCCCGGCGGCGGGGGCGGGGGAGCCGGGGGUAUCAACGUUAUCAACGUCAGUGGUGCGGGUGAUUGUGUACCGGACAAUUUGGACGACACUUUCGCUGCCCUUAGUCAGCAGCCUAAAAAAUCGCCACCCUCCAACGGGAAGAAGACUAAGGGGCGUGUCAAAAUAAAGAUGGAAUACAUCGACAAUAAAUUGCGACGUUACACGACGUUUUCAAAGAGGAAAACCGGAAUCAUGAAAAAGGCGUACGAACUGUCGACGCUGACGGGUACCCAGGUGAUGUUGCUGGUCGCGAGCGAGACGGGUCACGUCUACACGUUCGCCACCAGGAAACUCCAGCCGAUGAUAACGAGCGAGGCGGGCAAGGCGUUGAUCCAGACGUGCCUGAACAGCCCGGACCCGCCGUCCUCCGGUUCGACGGGCGACCAGAGGAUGUCGGCCACCGGUUUCGAGGAGACCGAGUUAACGUACAACAUCGCCGACGAGGAGCAGAAAGACGACGCAGCGUCCCCGAGAUCGGACGUAUGCGGAAACGACAGCGACGUUGAUUCGAGCGACGGUGAAUCCCCCGGGGCUACCAAAGACGCGGGAAAAAAUCACACCGGUAGCAUGUCGUCGUUCUCGUCGGGAAUGAUAUAUCCGAUGUCCCAGAACGUCGUUUACUCUCCCAGUCCGGGGGUGCUUCUCAGUAUCGGACAGAACGGCCAACCGGUGCAAAUACCUCAGGACGCCGGGGUCUCUUCGACCGGAUCGGUUCAGGGUAAUCAACAGCAAUUCAUUACGAUACCGUUGAGCGUCGCGAUGACGGCGGCGGGGCUUUCGGUACCGAUAACAUCCAAGGUGUUGUCGCUGCCAGAUUCUACGUCGUCAUCGUCCCCGCAUUCUGACCUGCCAUCCGACCUCACCAAAGGUCGAAAGUGAAACCCGAUUGUACGAUAUGGUGAAUUGAAACUGAUGGGAUUAUUUACCGAAUAAAGAGAUGAGAUCAACGACUCGUUUCAUACGACGCGUCUGUACCUCGAGAACUUUGCGGAGGAGGAGGAGGAGGAGGAGGAAAAACACCUUGAACUUUCAUCGCUCGUGUCAAAAUAAUAUUUUGAAAUAUAAUUGAAAAUAUAUCAUAUACGUUUCUAACAAAUAUAUACACAUGUAUAUAUCAA